UUUUUUUCAGGGGAUCAUCGCCACCAUCUCGUCCUUGAGGCCGCGGGCUAUAAUUAGACAUGAAGACUGGUUUCAUGCCGCUGGUUUUUCUCUGCUACGUUGGGUAUAUUCACAGCAAGCCUCCGUCUUCACAGCCGUGUCCAAGUGGCCAGUUUGCGCUGAAGAAUCAGUGCGUCCUCUGUCACCCCACCUGCUCCGAAUGCGCAGGUCACGAGCUCUUCGAGUGUACCUCUUGCGGAAUAGAUGAGGAGGGUCAGGAGCGGUUCCUCCACCAGGGCCACUGCCGGCCGCACUGCCCGCGCGGCACCUUCCCCGACCGGGGCCGCUACGCCUGCCUGCCCUGCCAGGCCAACUGUGAGCUGUGUGGAGAUGCCCGCGUCUGUGCCAAGUGCCGGGAUGGCUACAGGCUCUUCAGCGGCGUAUGCCAGGCUGCCCUGUGCCGUGUGGGGCAAGUGGAGGACUCUGAAACCGGAGAGUGUGUUGACUGUAAGACUGGAUGCAAGUCCUGUUCUCCAGAUGACCCGGAGAUGUGCAACAGCUGUACUGAAGGAUACUUCCUCUACCGGUACCAGUGUAGGAGGCACUGUCCCCAGAAGACCUAUGAGGACCAGGACAGGGGGGAGUGCCAGAGCUGCCCAACCCAGUGCACUGACUGCCGCAGCGGGGCACUGUGCCUCUCCUGCCAGCCUGGACACUACCUCCAUGGUUUCGACUGUGUGAAGGAGUGCCCUGAGGGCACGUUUGGGGAUGGCAGUGGGUGGCACUGCCAGUCGUGCCACAGCUCGUGCCAGGCGUGCCACGGGCCUCACAUGAGGGACUGCGACCUGUGCCCCAGUGGCAACCAGCCCGUCUACGGCCAGUGCCCCGCGCUCACCUGCCAGCAGGGGCAGUACUUUGAUGGAACGGACAGCGAGUGCCACUACUGUGAUGUGUCGUGCAAGACGUGCUUCGGCCCCAAGGCUCUCGACUGCUCCUCCUGCUUCACAGGCCAUAUUCUGGACCAGGAGGGUGCGUGCGUGGAGCACUGUGUCCCGGGGUCCUUCGCCAACGCCCAGACGCAGCUGUGUGAGGAGUGCUCCCCCAACUGCGAGACGUGCGAGGGGGACAGUGACAAGUGUGUCACCUGCAAGAGCGGCCCCUUCAAGCUCUUCCUGCACCAGGGACGCUGCUGGUCUAACUGCCCUGAUGGUUUCUUCGAGACCUCUGAGGGCACGUGCGAGGCUUGUGAGCGUCCCUGCCUGGCGUGCGACACGUCGCGGUCAGAGUGCCUGUCCUGCACCGAGGGCCACUUCCUCGAGGGCGGCCGUUGCCACGUGAACUGCUCUCUGGAGCGCAGCUACGCCGCCGCGGACGGAAACUGCAGACGAUGCGCUGCACACUGCGAAACCUGCACGGACGACAAGACGUGCUCCAAGUGUAGUUUCCUGUACCUGCUGCUGAAUGGCGUGUGCCAGGCCAGUUGUCCCGAGGGCUACUUCGAGGACCUGGACGAGGGUCUGUGCGUCCCGUGCCACCACACCUGUGCCACCUGUUCGGGUGCCCUGGCAGACGACUGCGAGACGUGCGCCACGCCCACGCCAAAGCUUUACGAGGGCACCUGUUCAAAAGAGUGCCCUCUGGCCACGUACUAUGAGACAUCCAUGCAGGAGUGCCAAGAGUGCCACCAGACGUGUGCCCGGUGCUCAGGGCCCGAGGCCAACCACUGCUCCCAGUGUGCCACGGGGCUGGCUCUGGACCCCAACACGCUCAUGUGCGGGGUGACGGGCGACUCCGACUGCCCGCCAAAGACCUUCGUGCACGCCAACGGCUUCACCUGCCAGUCGUGCCACCGGCAGUGCCAGUCGUGCCGGGGCCCCGGAGCUGCAGACUGCAUCACCUGUGCCCUGCCAAGUCACCUGCACAAUGGCUCUUGUGUGAGCGAGUGCCCGGGGGCCUCCUACCCGGCCAGCGAGGAGGCGGACGGUGUGGAGCUGGGCUUCUGCUCCCCGUGCGACCGCGUGUGUGCCACCUGCAGCGGCGCCUCCCCGCGAGACUGCACCUCCUGCUCCCGCGGGUACCUGCGCCUCCUGCACCUCUGCGUCUCCCACUGCCCCACAGGGUUCUAUGCGGAGGGCGACCACUGUGAGAAGUGCCAUCGUGCCUGCGAGCAGUGCAGCGGCCCUGGGCCAGAGUCGUGCCAGACGUGCCCCGCGGCCCUGCUGGAGCUCCGCGGGACCCGGCUAUGUGUUGAACACUGCCCACAGCGCUUCUACCAGGAGGGACAGCGCUGCCUCCAGUGCCACACCAGCUGCCAAACGUGCACAGAUUCUACCCCACAGAGCUGUGUAACAUGCGACUGGGGCAGUAUCCUGCAGAAUGGUGUGUGUUACCCCCGCUGUGAGGAGAGCCGCUACUGGUCCCAAAGUGAGGAGUGUGAUCCCUGUGACCCAUCCUGCCGCCACUGUUCCUCUGGCGGCCCCCAGAGCUGCCUGACGUGCCACCCAGGCUUCGCUCUGCACGCCCUGGACGGCCGCUGCGUACGAUGCUGCCCUAGCAACCAGGGGCAGCAGCAACGACGUGCAGCGGAGGAGGAGGAGGAGGCGGACCAAGGGCAGCAGGAUGAAGAGGACUGCUGUGUCUGCGAACCUAGCACAGCCCUGUGUCUGGAGGCCCCGACGGUGGACCAGCGAGAGCAGAGUGCAGAGUCUACGGAUCCAGACGUCAGCGAGCCCCCCCCCACGGCGGCCACACUGCCCGCAGUUCUGUGCGUGGCCCUGGUGGUGGCGCUGUCAGUGUUUGGGCUGGUGCAGGCGCGUGCCCGCAAGCGCCUGUGCUGGGGCCGCAGCUACGAGAGGCUGAGCGGCAUGGCCGGAAUGGCGCCGGACCUGCGGAACAUGCCGCAUGGCGUUCCGGAACCGGAAGACAGCGGGGACGAGGUGGACGUGGUGUACACCAGCCGCGAUGGUUCUGUGUACCGCAGAUAUAGCUUCAUGCACGAGCCGGAGAACUGGGAUGAGGAAGAGGAGGAGGAGGAAGUGGACGAGAACACACAGCUCAACAGAAUUUAGAAAAUACACACAUACUGUACAGUACUGUACAAACACAAACUGUAUGAACUCACACCCUCAUACACACCCUCAUUUACACACCCACAUUUACACGACCAGCGCACACACACACACACACACACACACACACACACACACACACACACACACACACACACACACACACACACACACAGACUUUGAACAUUCUGCACAUACAUUCAGAGUAAAUCCCUCAAGUGGGCAUCUACGCUGUGGCUCACUCAAGCGGCGGACUUUUGGCAAAUCUCUUUUUUUAUUUCAGAAAUAGUUAUUAUGAAGUACACAGUAGCUGCGAAACUGAUUAGAUGAUUGAACAUCAUUACACAUACAGUUACACGUUUCAUUGAAGAAAAACAAACUAAACAAAUGUCUAGUUUUAGAUGCCCUUUUCAUAAGAGGAAUAUAUCAAUACUGAUCUAUUUUAUGACUUGUAACAAAAACG